GUGGGAGGGUAGAAUAUCUUGGUUUCAGGAAGAUAUUGCUGAUACUUGUAUCGUGGAUCAGUUUGCUGCCGAGGAGAAGAUACAAUGUCUACACAAUGGGAGGACAUGCCUCAAGAAAUCCUUGCACAAAUCUUUUAUUACCUACCUCUAGGAGACAGACGGGCAGUAUCCCAGGUGUGCCAGUCCUGGGCAUGUGGACUGGCAUCUCCCACAGUUUGGCACUACACAGAGAUUAGCUGGGUUUCGGAAGAAGAGUGGCUAACACUCGAUGGAUUAGAGCACUUUCUGGUCCAGAUACAACAACUAAAGAUUGUUUUUGACCAAUCCAAAGAAGCAAAUCGCAAUAAUGUAAUAAAUAUUCUAGAUUGUCUGGCCAAAGAGAAAAACAAAUUGCAAAGCCUGACUAUUGUAUGCUGUGGAGAACACCCUUUAUUUUAUUCUGGGCAGGAAAUUUUGGGAAGCAUCAUGAACCUUUGUCGGAAGGAAAGUCCUGUGGACCUCCAACACAUUGAUCUACGAAAGUUCCCUUUUACUCUUAGUGAUGGCUUUGUAAGACUUAUUGCUCGAGGGAGCCCAAAUCUACAAAGUUUGUACAUAAACAACGGCACAUUAGUUUGCAAAGUAACCUCUGAAACUUUGAAAGCAGUUUUAGAGUUUUGCCCUAAACUCUCUGUCCUAGGCACCUUUUGUUCCAGGUUGACUGAAGAGGUUUUCCAUGAAUUUAUGAAACCAUGCAGGCCACCACUUAUGCGCCUGGAUAUUUUGUGUGAAAGGUUGGAUAAAUACACAGAUUCCAUAUCUGAUGAAGCGUGGGGUGAGCUUUGUCUACGUCAUCCCACACUUCGUGUGGACCUAGAACUUGAUCACACUAUCCCUGCUGAGAAAAUCCUUCAAACCUUACAACCAAAUAUUCCUGUGUCAACCUUACAACUCAACACCUUCAACGAAAUGGUGAACCAAAUUAGAUUUGUCACCAGUCACUACUGGCGCACUCUAAAUAAGAUAGUUAUACACACCACCUCAUCCAGUGAUCUAGACUCUGCUCUUAUUGAUUUGGCUACAAAGUGUGGUGGAUUGGAAGAAAUUCAUUGCUACUUUUUAGUAGGACCUGAAGUGAUUCAAGCUUUCCUAAAACACUGUCCUCGCUUGAAAAAAUAUACUCUUAAAAUUGUCAAAGAAAAACACCCAUGGAAAGCAACAUGGACCCAGCCAUCUACAGACUAAUAAAUAAAUGGAAAUAUGCUCUAAGUAUUGAUAUAAAAUAUUUAAUACAAAAUGACAAAUGCGCUUUCAUCUAUGCAUAUUAAAUAUUGUUCCACAUUUUAGGUACUUAUGAAAAAUGCAGCAGGUGUAAGUCUUAAGUCACUGUGAGUGGAGAUUAAAAUAGGUCCCCAUGUUAUUUUAAUGGGUCCUCAAUGAAUGAAACAAACAUCAUAUUCAACAAGUCCAAGGUAACUGCCCACAAUAAAUAGAUUACUAAUUCCUUCAGAAAAUGGACAACCUCUGAACAAUGGGGAAAGACUAAUGAAGCCGUUUUUCUAAUCAUACUGGUUUAUAUAUGCACAUUAGGCCCUAUAGCCCCAAUGUGCAUGUAUAUGUACUACGCACACACACACACACAUAGUUAUAUGCACAUAAAGUCCAAAAACAUGCACUCCUGGUUAUAGCCAAUAAAGCCCGCUGCAGGUUUGGCAAAAGUUGUACAAAAAACAAGGAAAAAACCACACUCCAGGGACUUAGUAUUACAAAAUAUAAAACUUACCGGUAGCUUUUAUUUACAUGAUCCAAUAAAAUCUCGACGUUUCAGCUCCCAACUGAGAGCUUUCAUCAGGACAAUAAAUAUACACUAAUGAACAGACAUGGAUUAUAUACCCUUACAGUAAUUAAAGUAAAUACUUACCAAGCUGAUGCGGACAGUGUGUACAGCCGGCUCAAACCCCAGCU